UUUCAUGACGCAACCAUUCUUCUGUCCUCGUGCUCACUUCGACGCUCAACGUGAAACCAUUUUGUUAGAUUGCCGGUUAGGUUGUACUAAGUGUAAUUAUUGAAAGGAUUAAAAUGAAUGGUAUCAUAAGAAAUACGUUGCGUACGUCGGCGAUUAGGAAUCUUUUCUCGUCAACUUCGGGCACGGGUAUUGUAAAUAAUCAAUUGAGAACAUUGUGGAAUCUUCACUCUCGACAAACCGAAGUUGCACCCCUCUCUUCGAUAAAAGCAUUUAAACACCAAAAUGUCUUUUGCAAUUGUGGCUGUUGCAGAAGCGUCCACACAAAAGGUGAAAAAGAACUCGUAGAAUUUUUAGCUGAAGAAAUUGUAGCAGAGAAAAAGGCACAAAAGCUAAAAACUAUUCCUACAGAAUUAGAGGGAUUCAAAGUAUCUUUAGAUGGUGCCAAUGUUACUUUAGAGAAGAUGCAAGAUAAUGAGACAGUUAAAAUUACAUUUAAUAUAAACCACACUGUUGAUUCCGAGUCGGAACCAGACAUUGAUAUGACCAGCAAUAAUGCAGACAUCGGUGAAAUGAAAAGUAAACCAAACUUUCAAAUUGAUGUAGUAAGAGGGAAUCAAACUCUUGGAUUCACCUGUUCAUUUAACAAUGAACCUGGAGCAUCUGGUGCCAGUGAUGAUUACAAUGAUAUUUUUGGCAUUGAUGAAAUCACUUUGUAUGAAGGUGAACACAGUGACAAAGUUUAUGCAGUUGCUGGUGAAAUUAUUGAUGGAUAUCUGUAUGACUUGCUGAUGAACUACCUUGAGGAGAAAGGCAUCUCCAACGAAUUCGCGGAGAAACUAGUGGAACUUAGUACGAAUUACGAACACACGGCAUACGUUAGCCUGUUAGAAGGUCUCUCAAGAUUCACUUCUGGAAAGUAAUGUUUCAUUCAUCAUGAUUCCCAUUGUAUUUAUACUUGUUUAGCAAUAGAAUGUAUUCCUUUAAGAGAAAGUUUAUAAUAAAUGUAUAUGAUAAUCU